AUGUGGUCGUCUCGACUGUUCUGGAAGUUCUUCUUGGCAUACGCGGUACUGACCGUGAUCGCCUCAUCGGCUUUUGUCUGGGUGGUCGCCGGCUGGCAAGGCGAGCAGCUUAUCGAACAGGUGGAUGAGCGGCUCAGGACAGAGGCGGUCCUACUUGAAAGCCAUCUCCGCCGCGGUUUCGUCGAUGGCUUCAAAGGCGAUUUGGAGCAACGCAUCGAGGAACUCGGCGAAAAGACUAAUUCGCGGAUCACCUUGAUCUCUCCCGAUGGGAAGGUGUUGGCAGACAAUCGCGAAGAUCCGGCCAACAUGGAUAACCAUAAAGACCGCCCCGAACUACGUCAGGCCGCCGCAUCAGGAAUUGGCACUUCUCAACGCGUUAGUCCUACGCUCGAGCAUUCGAUGCUCUACGUGGCUGUGGCCUCUAAGGUUAACGGGGAGGUCGUCGGCUUUGUUCGAGUUUCGAAUCCACUGCAGAGCAUCCACCAGCAAGCCGCCGACAUUAAGAAGCUGAUUUGGCUGGUGGCUCUGGUUGUGAGUUUGGCCGUGUUGAUCACGACUUAUUGGGUCGUCGGGCGAAUUCUUCAGCCGGUGGCCACACUUACUGAGGCCGCCGAGGCUAUUGCCGCGGGUGACUAUCACCGUCGGGUCUAUGUUUCGAAUCAGGACGAAUUGGGCCUCCUGGCGAAUACCUUCGACCACAUGAGUCGAGAGCUGGCCGGAAAGAUGGAAGACCUGCGGCUUACUGGCGAGCGACUAGCGACCGUGUUGGAAAGCAUGAUCGAGGGAGUCGUGGCGAUCGAUGCCGAUCAACGGAUUCUAUUCGUAAACGAUGCCGCCAGAGAUCUCUUGAAAAUCCAUUCACCGGAAACAACUGGGCGUCCGCUGCUGGAAGCAGCUCGCAGUAGAAUCCUGCACGAGACUGCACUUCAGGCUUUGAACGAGGGCGAACCGUGCCGUAGCGAAUUCGAAACCACAGGGCCCGAUCGCCGCUUCGUGGCUGUUUACGCCACGACCCUUCCCGGUGAGACUCCGCCCGGCGUGGUGCUGGUACUGCAUGACAUUACCGAACUCCGGCGACUCGAAAAUAUGCGGCAAGAAUUCGUCGCCAACGUCUCCCACGAGUUGAAGACUCCGCUGAGUUCGAUCAAGGCCUUUACCGAAACACUCCUCCGCGGGGCUCUCGAUGAUCCCACGAAUCGCGUGAACUUUUUGCGGCGAAUCGACGAACAGGCCCAGCGGCUGCACGAGUUGAUACUCGAUAUGUUGAGCCUCUCGCAGAUCGAGUCUGGACAGCAGGGAUUCGAUAUCGUUCCCGUCUCGCUCACCACGGUCAUCGGCUCGGUCAUUUCCAGUCAGCAGCCCGCCGCGGCGGCGAAAGAUCUCUCGCUGAAGCUCGAGGAAAGCGAGCCAGAAGUGUUCGUGAGGGCGGAUGAAGAGGGGCUUCGUCAGAUCUUGGUCAAUCUUAUUGAUAACGCCAUCAAGUAUACCCCCGCAGGUGGGGCAGUGAAUGUCGGCUAUCACACGGAAAACGGAGAUGUUCUACUUGAUGUCUCCGACACGGGAAUUGGAAUUCCCCCCGAGAUGCAUAACCGAAUCUUCGAGCGGUUCUACAGAGUUGAUAAAGCCCGAUCACGCGAACUGGGGGGGACGGGGCUUGGUCUCUCAAUCGUGAAGCACUUGGCCCAAUCGUUUGGUGGCAGCGUACGUGUCCAGAGCCAAGUUGAACGCGGGUCGACAUUUACGAUCACACUUCCCCGAGAGGAAGCGGACGCCAGAACAGGUCCAGCAGAUCCCACGCGAUUGAGUUGGACGUCGGGCUGCUACUUGAUCCUACCUAAGCGCCCUGUGAACGUUUUAUUGAUACGCGCAAAUACCACGAUGUGGUUCAACCUCAAGGGUUCAACAAUCGCUCUGUUGGCGAUGGUGAGCUUUCUUACCGGUUGCGGUAGCAGCCAACCCACGGCGGUCGUAAAGGUCGAUGGCUCCAGCACCGUGUUUCCCAUCACCGAGGCCGUGGCCGAAGAGUUCCAAAAAACCAGCCCUAACGUCCGGGUUACCGUUGGGAUCUCGGGCACCGGUGGCGGCUUUAAGAAGCUGGGUGCGGGUGAACUCGAUCUCUGUGAUGCUUCCCGAGAAAUUACCGAUGCCGAAGCCGAGGCUUGUCGCAAAGGCGGCAUCGAGCCCCUCGAAUUAAUCGUGGCCAUCGACGGAAUAGCGGUGGUCGUCAAUCCUGAGAAUGAUUGGGUGGACCAGCUAACCGUUGAUCAGUUGAAGGAAAUCUGGCGACCCCAGAGUGGGAUCAACCUUUGGAGCGAUCUCAACCCCGACUGGCCUGCUGAGAAGAUCAACCUCUACGGACCUGGUACCGACUCUGGGACGUUCGAUUACUUCACGUCCGAGGUUGUAGGCGAGGCCAAAGCGAGCCGAUCGGACUUCACGGCCAGUGAAGACGACAACGUCAUCGUCCGAGGUGUCGGAGCCGAUCGAUAUGCCUUAGGCUACUUCGGCUUUGCCUACUACGACAUGAAUCAAGAUAGUCUAAAGCUCUUGGCCGUUGAGACGGACAAGGGUGCAGUCAAACCGACGUUCGAAACCAUCCGUUCAAACGAGUACAGCCCUCUGUCUCGGCCGUUGUAUAUCUAUGUCGCCGACUCGGCUUUGUCCCGUCCCGAGGUACGGCAGUUCGUCGACUUCUAUCUCGAGAACGCUGAUUCGCUUGCAACCGAGGUUGGUUACAUCCCGGUACAGGACGACGUGCUGGCCGAGAAUCGAAAACGCGUCAAACAAGGAAAUCGUUCUUAG